UAUGCCUGAGAUUGUGGACCAAACGGAAUUCAGAACAACGUAGGCCAAUCAGAGGAGGAGUAGAAUCCAGUCACCGACUCAUGGCUGGAGCCAAGCCACGCUCUCAAACGCGCGAAUGAACCAUUCAAUGUUCACUUAACGGUUCCGAGGAGGAGAAACCACACUCGUCUGAUCUCUCUCUCUCUCACAUCCUCUAUCCUUCUAUCGUGAUGUAUUUGCGUUUUGUAUGUAUGGUACCUGUCUCUUUGUCUCGCUCUCUUUCUCUCUCUAUUUCUAUAUCUCUCGCGUGAGCCAAACAGGAUAGAACGCGAAACCCUUUCUUCGUCUCUCUCUUUCUCUCUCUUAUCGCGUGAAAUCUCUAGUUUUUUUUGUUGUUUCCGAAUUCUUGGGUCUUUUUUCUAAUUUUUUUUGGGGGUUUUCAAGACUCGGAGCCGAGAAUUGACUGGAUUACAGGUUAUUCAGUUGCUGUCAUUGACGGCUUGCAAUUAAAUGAAAUCACGAUAUGUUUAUCGACGGUGAUUUUCAGUUAGCAUGUGGAGGCUAGUGGCUGAUUGAUGUAACCAAGACAAAUCUGCUUUUAAGCUGGUAUAAUGUUCUGUUGGGGAUUGUUUUGAUAUUCUGUACAAAUGGCUGCUGAUCAGCGGAGAAAACGAUUAAAUGGUGCUAGCGUUACAGGUUGCAGUUCUAAGGAGAAACAGAAAAUAAAAAAGAAAAAACUAGAUUUACCAAAAAAUGAUCUAAACGCAAGAUCUUACAUUUCUCUUGAGUGGGACAGAAACCAAAAAAAGGUCAUUGCCAAAAGGGAGCAAAUUGGCAUUAGUUGGAGGGAUGUGAGGCCUUUCAUUGAUACUGUUCCACAUUGUCAGAAUGUUUUGGCAGAUGUUUUUUCAGUUCCUAUGGAAAUAUUUGACUUGAGGAAUUUGACUGAGGUGCUUUCUUAUGAGGCUUGGCAAAGUUAUUUAUCAGAAGAUGAAAGAGCUUUUCUAUCACAGUUUCUUCCAAGAGGAACAGAUGUGCAGCAAGUUGUGCAAGCUUUGUUUGCCGGGGAUAAUUUUCACUUUGGGAACCCUAUGUUCAAAUGGGGUACAGCGCUUUGUUCUGGUAAUCUUCACCCUGAUGCAGUUAUUCAUAAAGAGCAAUGCUUAAAGCGUGAUAAACAAGCAUAUUACUCAGAAAUGCAGAAAUAUCAUUUUGAUAUGGUAGGCUAUUUGCAGAAGUUGAAGGAAAGAUGGGAAAGCUACAAGGAUCCAGAAAGGGAGAUUGUGCAAAAGAUACGGAGUAGGUCUAGAAGGGAUAUGGAGGAAAAAGUCCCUUCCCGUGCUAAUGGAUCUAGGUUUCGAGACCUGGAGCAGGACAUCAUGGCUACAUCUGAAUCUUGUUCUUGGGUUGCAGAUGAGAAAGCUUUUAGUAGUGAUAAUCAGAACUCUUCUGGAAUGAAGGGCGGAGAACCUCAUAAGAGGGUGUCUAGGAAAGGGCUUGGCAAAGGAAAAUUUAAGAAUCUUUCUACUGCUUCAAAUGAGAUGCAAAAUUUGGGAGCAAGAUCCAGAGAAGGAGACAAUCUACAGAAGCAUAAUAUCCAUCUAAGUGAUGGUGCCAAAUACAUGUCAUGUCUGAAGAUUAGCAAGAAGCAGCAUCAACUGGUAACGAAUAUGAAGCAGUCUGGUAAAAGCAUUCAGUCUAGGUCUCUUAACCGUGUCUUGGGUAAUAUUGAUCGUCUGCACGUGCAACCAUAUGAAGUAUUUGUGGAAGAGGAACGCAAGAGACUGCGAGAAUACUGGUCGCAGUUGGCAAAUAAAGAUCUGCCCAGAGCAUAUGAAAACUGGAACAUACAGUUAGAGAAACGGGAGAUGAUCAAGUAUUUGGAGAUUGACCUGAAAACAAGUGAAUCUGGAGGUCGUUUACUCUCCGCUCCCCCUUCUCUAUCGCCUUCUAUCCUUUUCUUCUUUGCAGACGAAGGGAAAGGGAUCCCUGAGACAAUGCCUCAGGAUCAGGGUAAUGUUGUUCUCUACCUGGGUGAAAAGGAUGACGACAAAGAGGAUACUGAGAGCGCGGCUCUGGAUCAGGACAGUAUAGAAACAGACCAUGAAUCGAUCAUGGAAGACAAUGAAGAUUCAGGACCUGGCUCCCUGCAGAAUGAUUCUGUUCUGCAUGUUUCUUCCCCUAGUGAUGGUGAUGAGUUGAAGUCCACUCUGCAGGUUUCUUCACUUAGUGGUGGUGAUGAGUUGAAGUCCACUCCGCAGAUCUCUUCCUAUAGUGGUGGUGAUGAGUUGAAGUCCACUCUGCAGGUUUCUCCACUUAACAGUGGUGAUGGGUUGAAGUCCACUCUGCAGGUUUCUUUCACUAGCAGUGGUGAUGAGUUGAAGUCCACUCUGCAGGUUUCUUCCCCUAGCAGUGGUGAUGAAUUGAAGCAAAGGGGUAUGGAUUCCAUAGGCAAUAAUUGUGCCUCAAGGUCAGAUAAUACUUCCUCAAAUUUGUCUGAGCGCUCAGGGAAUUUGAAUGAUGCUAAUGUUACCAUCAAUGAAGGACUCCGUCUUUCUUCUGCUGGAGAUCUGUGGCCAGCAGUCAACCUGACACACCCAUACUAUGAUUCUACUGCUAACCGUGAAUAUUCGUCUACUAUUGGGUCGUCACUUGCUCAUCAUCAUCCUAAUGGAGAACAUCGGAGCCAUUUGAUUGAUCUAGAGUCAAAUUUGCAUGAAGAAGAUACCAGGAGAAAUCUGUUGAAUAGAGAGUCAAAUGGUGGUUCCUUUGGUUCUUUCGCAAACCAGGACCGUAGUGAGCUACUUCAAUCUCUCUUUAAGGGCCAGGGGAUGCUAUCAUACAACCAUGAGCAUAAACACACAGAAUUGGAUUUCCAGCCACGAAACAAUAUGCUGAUGGAGGAAGGCAGGUUUUCUGGUGGCCACAUCCAGGACCAACUGCAGCCAUCUCUGCAACUGGAGCAGGGGCAAAAGAGGCAGAAUCAGGUUUACAUGCAACAUGUCUCAGGGAAUAUUUAUUCUGAGGGAGGUAGAUAUUUAAUUCCAAGGCAAGAACACUUGUCACCUCUAGGCAUGCCAGAUUGGAAUGUUAGUUCUGUCCGUAUGUCAGCACCCAUCCAGUCCCAGCUGAAUAAUAGGGAGCUCUUAAGUCAGAACUGGUUUUCUGGUCAGCACCAAGUUCGCAGUGGAUGGACUGUUUCGGAUGGUGUUGGUGUUGGCCCAGCCAUCGGGAAUGGAAACAAUUCAGAUCAGAGCCUAUUCAGUGUUCUAUCUCAUUGCAGCCAACUACGUUCUGGUGGGCAGUUUGAUUCUGUGGGCUCUGCCGAGCCAUUGAUUGGAACAAGGAACUACGGAAUGAUUGGCGGGGCCCCAUCUGGAAUUGGCAAUGGUUUAUCACAAGCUGCUAAUCCACUGGACUUCUUGGGUGGGCGUGAUCCAUCUACUACCCUGAUGCCUGAUGACAUGGGAUGGAUGAACCUGCCUCAUCAGAAUUCUGCUUUACAUGAUUCAAUGGGAAAACCAUACCUUAGAUCAUGGAAUCAAUAGCAUAUUUUUCUCUCUUUUUUUUUUUUUUCGUGAAGGCAAGCUCAAGAAGGAAGACAGAAUACAAGAUGCAAAA